CGAUCUUUCGAAUCUGUUCGCUACAAUUGCUGCUUGCAUGUUUGCAACAACGGUGUCAAUGAAGGCGGCGGACAUAUCGUAUCUAUCGAGUCGCUCAAUGUUGUCUAGAACUCUAGAGGGACAGGGACUUCUUUUGGAGACAACAUUUGGAUAGGAUUAAAUAACAAGGAUGUAGAAAACUCGUUUGUAUGGAGUGAUGGUACCGUUAGUUCAUACAGAUAUUGGUCUGUUGGUGAGCCUAACAACAACGGGGAUUGCACGAGUGACGUCCAGCGUGUCUUCAAUGCAAUGUCAAACAGGUUGGACUCGCAGUGGACUGAGUUGUUACCUUCUCGUUAGAACAUCUAAAGAAUUGAAUGAUGCAGAAACAGACUGCGUUAGUAAAGGAGGACAUCUCGCAUCUAUCACAUCAGACAACGAGAACUCUGUCGUUUUAAGCUUGAGAGGAACAUCCACAGCAGACGCAAAUGACACAUGGAUUGGUUUGCAUGAUCAAGUUGUUGAGAAUACGUUUGUAUGGACCGACGGCACGAAGAGCACAUACACAAACUGGGAUCCUGCAGGCAAUGAGCCCAAUGACAGUGGUGAUUGUGUAAGAAUAAGAUCUGAUGGAAAAUGGAGAGACCACAAAUGCUCAUUUUUAUAUCCGUACGUGUGUGAGUCUAAUGCCACACUCUCUACAACACAAACUCCGACAACUUUAUCAGCAACGACAUCAGCAGGUGCAACAGCCUCGCUGUCUACUGCUACUGCAAGUGGCACACAAUGGCAGACCAGAGAUUCUACGUCUAGAUCACGACAUACAUCAGUACCAACCACGACUACUGACAGUACAGAGUAUGCAAAAUCCAGCAAGACUUCAAGUUCAGCAACAACUUUCAGAUCAAACGUCAAACCAUCUAAAAGAAUGAUACAUUUAACCAGGUAUACACAUGUUAUUACAGUAAUUCUUACUAGUAAAUGAAGCUGUGUUUACACCGUCGCUUCACAGCUACGAGCGUAUAUAUUUGCAUCUAGGUGCUUGUUGUGUGUGUGUGUGUGUGUG